AUGAGCAGCGAUCAAAAGAAUGAGCGUAGAAGCUCCGUCAACCCAAGAAAUGCUUGCUACUCCUAUUUCUCAACUAGAGAUAUAGAUCAAAAUCAGAAGUCGACAAAGAGCAACUCGACUCUACUGACCGUCGACAGGAAGAGAGCCAGCUCUUGCUCACCCUCUCUGCUCACCCCAACUCCCGCAUCAUGGAGUUACCAAUGCCAAACCCCAUCACCGCCGGCUUCGCUGAAUGAAGCUCCAACAACAAGCAGUGCUAAAAUUUCUGCAGCAAACUCACCACCAAUAAUUAAACCAACUACCAAUAUUGUCCCAACGGCCGCACAACAAAAUAAAAUGGCAACAAAAACAGUUAGCCUCGAUAAGCAACAAGCGGUCCCGGCUAUACAGACCGGUAUGGACCGCUACAUCCAGAUUAAGCGCAAGCUUAAUCCACCCAACACGGUUGGCAAUAAACCAAAGAUCAAUCGAACCAACAAAAACACCGAUCAAACGAGGAGCUCCAAUGAAAACCGAUUCUCCAUCUUAGCAGAGGCGGACAACAACAACCAGAGUUGGGGCAGGAGACCCAAAGGAAACCUAAGCCCCCACCUAUUUACAUAA